CUAAUCGACGUAAAAUGAUGAUACUCUUUCUCUGUGUCCUGUUGGCAGCUUCCUGUUCAGCUGAUUCCCUCCUGUCCGAAGUAGAACCCUUUAUUACCAAUGGACAACUGGCGGAGGUGGGUCAGUUCGCCUACCAGGCGGGUCUGAACAUCUCCUUCGGCAACUGGAGCACCUGGUGUGGCGGCACCUUGAUCUCACACUACUGGAUAAUCACAGCGGCCCACUGCAUGGAUGGAGCGCAGUCCGUAACGGUCUAUUUGGGUGCCAUCAACAUCCACGAUGAGGCUGAGGAGGGCCAGAGGAGGAUCCUGGUCCAGAAAUCGGGCAUUAUAGUGCACUCCAACUACACGGCCAGCACGGUGGUCAACGACAUCUCGCUCAUCCGCCUGCCCACCUUUGUGAGUUUCAACGAUCGGAUAAGGGCCGCCAAUUUGCCGCGUCGUUUGAACGGCCAGUUUCCCACCUACGAAUCCGUCCGAGCUUUUGCCUCCGGCUGGGGACGUGACAGUGAUGCCUCCGAAACGGUCUCGCCCGUGCUGAGAUACGUGGAGAUGCCCGUGAUGCCGUACGCCCUGUGCCGCAUGUACUGGAGCGGAGCUGUUUCGGAGAACAUGAUCUGCAUGAGCACCACCAGCGGCAAGUCCACCUGCCAGGGCGAUUCCGGCGGUCCGCUGGUCUACAAACAGGGCAACUCCAGCUAUCUGAUCGGAACGACUUCCUUUGGCACCACCAUGGGCUGCCAGGUGGGAUUCCCCGCCGUGUUCACGCGCAUCAGCAGCUAUUUGGAGUGGAUCCUGAAGCACGUAAUAGCCCACGACUGAAGUAUACAUUGCAAUAUUAUCAACACAGAACCACAUUUUAAAUAUAUACAAAGAUCUUAAA